AUGUCUAUUGAUGCAUUGGUUCAAGAAGCAGGAUGUGCAAAGCCAUUCAAGUCUGGUGAUUUUUUAAUUGUUGAAUAUGAAAAUUGUAAUAAUUGUAACCAUUGGAUAAAGGAUGAUGCAUGUUGGUAUAAUGUUGAAACAGAAGCAAAACAGAUAGUAAAGAUUGUGGACCAAGUAAUAUCAUUACAACAAUCAUUUGAUUCUUCUUGGCCUUAUAUAAAACUAGAUGAUGUAUUGGAUAUAUUUAUAGGUUCUAAAAGCCAAAAUGCCAAAAAAAAAAAUCUUUCAAGUUUGGAGGAUUUUCAAAAACCUACCAAAAAAGAAACUAUUUAA